CUCAAGUCGCAGGCGCUGGGGGGCCACCAGAACGCGCACAAGAAGGAGCGGAGCAUCGGCUGGAACCCCUACUUCUACAUGGCGCCGCAGCCGCCCAAUGCCGCGCCGCCGAGCCCCACGGGCUACGCCGGGUACGCCGGCGUGGGGGCGGCGGCGGCGGCCGGCGCGACGGCGGGGGUCGGGGUCGCGGGCGGCGGCGGCCUCCCCGCGCACGCGUACGCCGCGGGACACGGGUACGCCCCCGUGCCGGCGCCGUUCGCCAUCGCCUCGCACGGCUCCAGCGUCGUCGGCUCCGGCGGGGUUCAUUACUACGCGCCGCACGAGGGAGCGGCGGCGACCGCUGCGGCCGCGGCCGCCGCGGCGUCGUUGUCGGCGGGGACGGCGGCCGGGGGCGAAGGCGUCGUGCUGGCCCCGCGCGCGCGCUUCGCCGCGCACCAGCCGCUCCUGGCGGCGACGGCAGCAGCCGACCCACCCAGCGCCGGGCGCGACGACCUGAUCGACAUGCUCAACUGGAGGAGGGGCUCCCACGGCCCCACGGCCUCCGCGGCCGCCACGACCGCCUCGCCGGCCAGCACCACCACCACCCUCACCACCUCCGGCGCCGGCGCCGCCGACGGAAGCUGCAGCAACAACAACGACGACGACGGCGGGGAGCUCGACCUCAACCUCAGCCUCUAGCACUCUUCUCCAAGCUAGCCCCCCAAGGUUAAUCGUGUACCGGCCUAUCCGUACGCUACGCGUGUCCAAGUUAAUUAGCUCCUAGGCACGUUAAUCACUCUCUCUCUCUCUCUCUCUCUCUCCUCCCCUUGUAUGUUAGUACGCCUCGUCACCUCUCGUCCUUUUUUUGCCAUGUCCUGAACUGAUGUUCAUCUUCUUCUUUUCUUUCUCUUGCUUUCUCGAGGCUUUUGUUUUGUUUGAUCCUAUUCCUCUCUGGGGCCUCCGGUUGUUUGUUGGGGGCUCGCCAUUGCCUCGCGUGUACUCGCCUGCUUCUGCUGCCGGUGCUGGUGACGCAGCAUCAUCGAUGAGUCACCAGUGCCAAGCAUGUGGCAGCACAAUGUCCUCGCCGCUGCUGCCUCCCACAGUUCAGCUCCUGCUCGGCAUGGCCAUGUCAAUGUUACAACACGUUUCGUGCUGGUGCAGUUCGUUCAGUUCC